AUGGCUAUGCCAGGCUUGAUCUGGCUGGCGAUCGUGGCAGUGGUAGUAGUCGUGGCAAUCAGGUCAGCUGUGAACAAGCUCAGAAAGGCACUUGUAAAGGCCCGGGUGGAGUUAACGAUCGGCCAUGUCGGCCUGGGUGGAGUCUCGCGGCUGGCCGUGGCGACCCAGGGGCUCCGGUUAGCCAUCGCCGCUCAGGCACCAGGACCCCCGGCCGGCGGCGGCGGCGGCGGCAGCAACAGCAGGCGCACGAGGAAGCGGGUCCUGGCAGCCGGCGGCGCCGUCGGCGACGCCGCGCGCGCCGCGGCGGCGUGGCCGGCCGCGCUGCUGCUGCGGGCCGCCGGCAAGGUGUUGCCGCGCGCGCCCAUUGGUGUCGAUGACAUCACUCUUGAUCUGGAGGGCCCGGGGCUGCGGCUGCACCUGCAGCAGGCGGCGGCGGCGUUUGAGGCGCUCCCAGACCACCAGCUGCAGCUGACCGUGCUGGCGCAGCGGUUUGCGCUGCGGCCGCGUGUUGCAGGCGGCGCAGGCGACGGCGACGGCGCGGGGCUCGGGGUCGCGUGCCCCGCGGUGAAGCUCAUUUGCGCAGUCGCGGCCAGCAGGGGCCCGCUCCCGGUGGCGCUCAGCCUGGUGGAUGUGCGGGUGGGGGAGAUCUCUGUGCGUGAUGCCAGCCAGCUGCUGCUCGCCAUCGCUCAUGGCGGCGGCGGCGGCGGCGGCGGUGGCCCGUCUGCGGGCAUUGGCGGCGGCGGCGGCACUGCAGGUCCUCCGGGGGCGCCGCCGGCCGCGGCAGCAAAGCCCAAGCGGCGCAAGGCGCCGCUAGACGUGCCGCGGCUGCUGCAGCUGCUGCCUGCCAAGGCGAAGCUGUCGCUCGCGGGGGUGCGGUUCGACGCGCGCAGCGCAAAGCGGCCCUUGAGCGGCGGCGCGGGAGACGCGCUGCCCGCGCUGACUGGCCACGUCGGGCCGCUGCAGGUGGCGCUGAGCAGCGCGACCGCGGGGCCCGCGGCUCCGCAGGCCGCCGGCGAGGCGGCGGCGGGGCCGGCUGCGGCCUCGAAGGCCGCGGCUUUGGUGGUGUCGCUUGGACAGGUGCAGCUGCGCGUGGACGGUGGCGGCGGCGGCGACGACGAUGGCGGGGCGGAUGCUGGUGGCGCAGGCUCCAAAGAUUCAGCAGCGGCAGCGGCGGCGGCGUUAGCGUUUUCCCUGGAAAAGCUUAGUGCAAACCUGGAUGUGUUCAGGGAGCCGCCACCGGCCGGCGGGCGGCGGCAGCUGCUGCGUGUGCAGCUGCAGGCCAGCGCGGCGGCGGAGCUGCACGCGCCCAGGGUGCUGCUGCGGGAGGCCGCGCUGCCGCGGCUGGCGGGGGCGCUGCAGGGGCUCGCCGCCCACCUGAAAGGCGCAAAGGCAGCGAGGGCGCGCGCUCGGGCGAGGGCGAUCCACGGGGCGGGGCAGCAAGGGCGGGCAGUCGCGCAGCAGGGUCAGGGGCAACAGCAGCAGCAGCAGCAGCAGGCGGGCGUGCCGCCGGUUGUGUCGAUGCCGUCGCGAGGGCCGACGCCCGACAGCAGCGGCGUGCUGCCUAGCCCCGCAUCGUCGGUCAUGUCAGCCUCGGGGGCAGCCGGCGACGACUCGUGCAACACCCAAGGGGCGCCCGCCCCAGGGGGCGUGCUGGGCCGCCGCACCACUAGCCGACGCGCGGGCGAGGGUGCGGAGGAGGAGGCGGCGGGCAGCACGUUUGAGCUGCGGUGGCAGGCCAAGGCUGUGAAUCAGGGCGGCAUCCACUUAGAGGUGGUGGAUGCAUCCGGGGAGGUCUGCCAUUGGGCGGCCGUCCGCGUCCUGGAGGGCUCCGCCUCCGGCGCCGCCGGCGGCGCGGCCGCGCAGCCGCCGGCGCUGACGGCGAGCGCGCAGCUGCAGGGGCUCGCGCCGGCCCGCGCGACCGCCGCGGCCACGGACGCCGAGGCGGCUGGGGACGGGCGUGUGGCGGCGCCGCCGCCGCGCAAGGCGCCUAAGCCCAACGCUUUCAAGCUGUCGUGCGUGGCGGCCGCACUGCAGUCUCUCAGGGCCUCUUACUCUGCCCCACUGGUGGUGGCGGCGCCGUUUGGAUGCGCAGCGCCGGCCGAGCCCGAGAUUGCGAGCGAGGUACAAGCGGCGCCCGAGGCCGCGGCGGCGCUGGAGGUCGCGGGGUCCUGCCUGCAGUUCAUGGUGCAGCUUCCGCCGCGGCAGCUGCUCGCCGCCUCUGCGCAGCUGCUGUCCGUGGACUGCCGCACCUCUGGCGCCGCGGCCGGUACGCUGGGCGCGGCGGCCGCGCCUGCGGCCCAGUCCUGCAGGCUGUUGCAGCUCCAGGGGCUCGAGGCGCGGCUCUACGAGCGCCCCAGCAUGCGGCUGCUGAAGGUCGCGUGCCAGCAGCUGCACGCACGGCUGCACGUCGACGCAGCGCUCGCGCCCCUGGGCUGCGCGUCGGCCCUGCUGGAGGCGGCCGCGGGCGCGAAGCGGCGGGCGGGCUGGGCGGCGGCAGGCGCGGGCACGGUCGACAGUUCGCUGCCUGCUGCACGGACAUUUGGCGAUGCCCCCUCGGAGCAGCCGCAGCAGCAGCAGCGCCCGCCAGCGGGGCUGCCGCCGCGCGCCUCGACGUCCGCCGCCGCCCGCGACGGCGGCGCGGCGCCCGCGGCCCUCUCCCCUGCCACGUCGCCAUCGCGCCGUGACCGGGUCCGGCCGCUGCACUUUGAGGGGCGCCUGCAGGACGUGUCUGUUUCCGCCGAUGUUUGCGAGAGCGACUCUGUCUUUGUGAACAUUGAGCUGCUCAAGGCGAGCAGCUUCCUGGAGCAGGCCGUGAUCGAGCGCCUGGCGGCCGGCAUGAACGGCCGCGACGUGGCCACAGUCACGCACCUGUCCGUCGGCCUGCUGCGCGCCCCGCUGCUCGCGCAGCCGCUCGGCGCGGCCGGCGUGCCGGCGCAGCAGGCCACGUCGCUCGAUUCGUGGUCGCCGGGCCGCGGCGGCGGCGCGGGGUCGCCUGAGCCCGGGUUCGACGCCGGCGGCGAGCUGUCGUUCGCACCGUUGCUCGGCGGCAUGCGUGGCGGGGCGGCGGCGGCGGCGGCGGGGGCUCCCCAGGCGCAGCGCCACCACGGGUCGUGGGCUUCGAUGGAGAGCGUGCGUGUGUACGAGGGCGGCGGCCUGCAGGGCGCCGGCUUCAUCGACGACGCUUUACCAUCGGCGAGCCUCGGCAGCCGCCGUCCGAGCGCGGCCCGGGACCCCGCGUCGCGGCGCCGGCAGGAGGCGCGGCAGGCCGCCGCGCGCGAGCGCUGCCACGUCCCCGCGGCCGCCGUGUACCUCGCGCCGCCGGCGCAGGGCGCGGGCGCGCAGCCGCCGCCGCCGAGCGCCGCGGAUGUCGCGUCUGACCCUGCAGCCGCGGCCCCCAGCACCCCAGAGGCCGCCGCGGCGGCCGCGGCGGGCGGCAUCCUCAGCCUGGACGUCUUUGCUGAGUCAGCGGCGUUCCGCGUGCCCCACGACCAGUCCGUCGGCCGCCUCAUCAUCGUCGCGGAGACCUGGUCAAAGGCGGUCAAACAGGUCGCGCGGGCGCACGCGGCCGCGCUGCAAAGCGCCGUCGCCGCGCUCAAGCCGCGGCGGGGCGCCCAAAAGCCGCAGCUGGCGCUCCUGAAGCCGAAGCGGCCCAAGCCGGCGUAUGUGGAGCUGAUUGCCGAUGUGGGGCAGGUGGUGUUUGCGAUGGAGCAGCACCCGCUGGAGCGGUGGAUGGCGCUGCACGGCCCCGCGCUGGCCGCCGCGGCGGCGCAGCGCCACCUGGCAGAGCAGCUCGUCAGCAGCGUGGCGCUGAGCAAGCGCAACAGCCGCAGCGGCGGCGACGCGGGCGGCGGCGGCGCGGGCGUGGCGAGUCACGAGGACGAUGACAGCGUGGAUGAUGACUCAUCGGAUGACGACGAGGUCGCCCUGGAGAGCCGCGACGCCCUCGCGGCCCGGCUGCCUGAGAGCGCCUCCUCCGCCGCGCUCGCCGGCCUGGCGGCGGCCGCGGUCGCCGCGGCGGCCGGCGCGGCGGCGGCGGGGCCUGCGCCGGCUGGGCCCCCGGGGCCGGAGCCGCCCGAGGAGUAUGAUCUGGCGAUGAGUCAGAUGCACAGGGACAUGGCCGCUAUGUACAAGGCCAGGUGCGCCGAGAUCAAGGCCGCGGCGCAGGACCCCCUGCACCACAACGCGGCCCUCAUGCACGUGGCAGUCGAGCGGGCGGAGGCCGUGGUCAUCAUCUGCCUGCCCUGCGCCCACAACGACGCCGUCGCCGCGGGCAACGUGGUGCGGCUGGACCCGCCCAGCCAGGGGGUGGGGCUGGAGCGCAGCCAGCCGCUGAGCCUGGAUGUCGGGCUUACCGACAUCACGGCGCACUUUGGGGGCGCGGAGGAGAUGGCCGCAAGCAUCGGCAGUCUGGGGGCGUGCGGCUUCCUCAUCCGCGCGCGCCAGUCGUGCGCGGCGCCGCAGUCCACGCCGAUGAGGUUCAGGGUGGGGGCCUGGCACGCGGCAGACGUGCCCGUCGCCGUGAAGGGCACGCGGCCGCCCAUGAAGAUGUACACCGACCUCCGCGCCGAGCUUGAAGAGGUGCAGGGCGGCUUCUGCCCAGGACUGGAGGCCGCCUUUGGCCAGCUCAACGGCGCGUUCAAGCGCCUGACCGUCCCAAACGCGAUCCUGCCCGACGGCUCCCUCCCGCCGCCCGGCGCCGCCGUCCCGCUACCGUGGUGGGACAUGAUGCGCUACAUGUGGCGCGGCACGGCGGCCGUGCGGCUUCGUGGCCUGACGGCGGUCAUGGCCAACGCGGAGAGCCCCCAUGUGGGUCCGCACGACCCGCGGAUCGUUCUGACGGCGGCGACGCUCGGCGCGUCGGUGGCUGCGGGGCGCAUCGAUGUGAACGCGACGCACAUGAGCGCGAUCGCGCACGGCGCGGGGCCGGACUGCGGGAGAGGCGAGCCGCUGCUGGCGCUCCCGGCCUUCCACCUCCCGAUGGUGACCCUCGCCUUCCACAUCACCUGCCGCAUGCCGCGCGGCCGCAACCCGCUGCUGCACCACGCGUUCCCGAUUUACGCGCCCGGCGCGCCGCCGCCAGACUGCGCAGUCCAGGAGUUCGUGGACGUGUUCUCACUGAUGAAGUGCGACGGCUGGGGGCUGGCCAUCGACAUCGCCGUGGCGCAGCACGGCGCUGGCCGCUUCUUCCGCCCCCUGAGGGUGCCCCACGUCUACAUGGGCGAGUUCCAGGUCAAAUACAUCCUAGACAUGGUGGAGGUGCUGGCGCUGCCCUCCGCCACGGUCCGCCUCUCGCGCCGCCUCAAGCCCUGGUUUGGCCCCCCCUCCAGCCCCUGGCACGCGCCCGGCUCCGGCCGCGCGGGCGCGGGGCCGGCGGGCGCGGCGGCGCGGGCGGGGGUGGUGGCUAUGCCGCUGCUGAAGCAGCGGGUGGACAUCAGUCUGACGGCGGACACGUUCUGGGUGCACCACGAUGCACAGGUGCGGCUAAUACACACAUGGGUGUGUGUGUAG